AUGGCGUGGGACCUUCUCACGAACGCCGAGAAAGCGAGGGCUAACUGGCUGAUGGCGAACCAUCACGGCUUCCGUUGGAAAGACGGGGACGUGGACUAUCGCCUAGCCAGGUCGAUUAUUCGACGCGCGGUGUGCGAUGACCUGGGUGAGAGAAGAGAGACGCCCGGCGCGCGGAUAUACGUGAAAGAACUCGAAAAGAAGAGGUGGCUGGAGGAGAUCCUCGGCGACGCCGUUCGCGACGUCGACGCGACGAUCGAGACCAUCGACGACGAGUACGACGACAUCGAUCGAUUGGAAUUUCUUCGGGCCGAUCGGGCGUUUCGCUGCGGACGUCAUCAACGGUGCUGCGCUAUGGAGAACGUAAUGAAGUUGCGCGACUGGUGGAACGAGCGACGUGAUUGUUUUUCCAGCAUCAACUCAACGGAUCAAAUAUAA